ACUUGCAGAAGUGUCAAACUUCGUCCUCGACAGACUGGGAACCGUCAUUGUGCUUGGACUGGGAGGCUCUGAUUGAGUGCGAACUCCCAAACUAGACACAUGCUGAUGGGUUGCACAUGCAGUGUCUGCGCUGUCUCGAGUCACAGCCAUUAGUGGUCUGUCAAGACACAUGUGAGAAUCAACAGGGGUUGUCUGACUACGUACCACAGUCUCUGCUUGACAUUCAAUAAGCGAACGAACCACGGCUCAACAAAAAGGUCCGGAUGUGUGUUGCUGACUAAGUAUUUCUUCCGUGGCUGCCGAUUAUAGCGAUGGAGUUGUAUGACACAAGUGGCGUUGCGCUUCGACAAAUCACCAAUGUCACGGUAUCAUGAAACUGGGACUUUUUGGUGUGAGGCCUUAUUGAGUCUGACAGCAGGCACCCAUCCCAACAGCACAGUCCUUGUGCCGCCACCAUGGGUUGUGAACAUGUCAGACAGGGUUUUUCUGGAUCCUCUUCAGCCUUCUCGUCGGUCAAUGCACGGUGAUCGACAGCAGAAUCUGCAGAGAACUCUCACCGAGCACCACCGAGUCAACGGCAACAUCCACUGCGGCACUUCGCCAUCUCCACUGGGAGACUUAGUGAAGGCUCCAAUAUCUGUUUGUAGUGUUUUGAUAACUUUUUGCAGCCUUAGAUUUUUCCAUGUGGCCAUUCCACAUGGCAUCUUAUUCGCCCGACCAAAGGCAUAUCAGUCUCCAACAUGUCGACGUCACCAUCAUCCUAUCAACGAAUGCCUGGGGGUAUCGAUUCCGAAUCUUCAAACCACCGUCCCAAUCCCCAAAGGUUUGUUUUCGUUGGAUAUCCACUGUCUUCGGCAUCUUUCCUAUAUCUUUCCACUUUUCUUCAACGCGUCUGAAAUUGUUACCUUCCAAGACUACCCACAGGAGAGCACGGCCGAAGUCUUGAGAACGUAUAUUAAGCCCAGCCGAAGACCUUGAACACAAGUUUCUUCCGGAAGGCUAAUCUACUAUAUACUUCUGUCGGCGUUCGUCCUUAUCUCUUAUAUCGUCUGUCUUUCCUUGCACUCCUGAGCUAGAUCGUGACGCACGACAAUAUGGCUGGCAACAUUCCUCACGAUCAGGACAACACCCUGUUGUCGCCAGUGACACCCAAGCGGCCGAGAGACACACGCAAACUGUCGUCCCAGAGCGUCACC